AUGAUCAACCACCGCAAAUCCUUUGGCACGUACACCUUCAUAGCCAUGGACGCCUGUCCGACCCCGGGAAUAAAACGUCCACACAACUUUUUCGGCCUCAUAACCACGGAUCUCGCCAAGUCUCUCCAGUCCUUUUCCCUCAAGGCCUUCGACAGCAACCAAACCUUUUGGUUCGGCCACUAUCCCACAUCCACGAUAAUUUCACCCGGCUACGAUCUUCGCAGUCUAAUCGGCAAGACGGCUCACAGCUACUUCUGCGGUCAUUUGCACAACCUGCUGAAUCUGGUGCCAAACAUGUACACCGUGCAGCCACAGGGCUUCCUGGAGCUAGAACUUGCUGAUUGGCGGGGCGGCAGAUUCUUCCGGAUCGUCGCUGUUGACAACGACUUGGUGUCCUUCGUGGACGCCCAGAUGCACAAGCGCGACAGCGACGACUGGCCGCUUGUUUUAAUCACCAAUCCCAAGGAUGCUGGCUUCUUGUUGCCGAGCAAGGAGCCAACUGAACGAAUCCUCAAAUCUACUCACAUUCGUUGUCUCGAAAACACCACUGCGCAAGGUCAUUGCUGUGAUUGGUCUGUGUGCGUCCAAUCAUAUUUGGGUUUCGGUGUAAAUUUUCAGACUAAACACCCAGUUUACCACCUGUUCUUGCGAAGAAUUCUCGCCUGGUCACGGUACCCGAUACAGCGGGUGUCGGUGUCGAUUGACGGCGCGUUCGUUGGCAAUGCGAGGCCCGCUAAGCGCCACGACGCCUCCAUCGUCGACUCCCCGCUCUACGUGCUUUCGUGGGACCCCGCGGCGCUGGCCAGACGCGGCCCCCCCUCCGGCCACGUCGCGCAUUCAAUCGAGGUGGUCUGCGAGGACACGAAACACAACGUGCGCACGGUCAGGCAGUCCUUCACACUUGACGGCACAGCUCGGUGGAACUUUGGUGGCGUGCAGAGCUUCAUUCUUCUCAGCGAUCAAGCAUCCGGUGUAGGACCAACGUUUAUGGGCUACCUACUGGACUACGAGUUUGGCGUGGUCUUUAGCUUCGGCAUAUUUGUCUGCAACACCUUUGUACCGGAGAGCACAACCUACAUUUUCGAAAUUAUGCAGCAACUGCUCUUCACCUAUCCCUUCCUAACUCUGCUGGUCUGCCGAAUGCGUGGAGGUCGCGCGCAUUACCACCUUCGUCGACAGAAAAGCUGUCCUCGACGA